CUUCUAAAAAUCUUCCUUCUGGGGCUGGCUCUGCUCUUUGUUCUACAUGUCAUCUUCUUCCUUUCUAACAAGGAGUUUAUCCAAAAGCUAAAGAUUAAGAUACCUGGAAGGGAAGAGAAGACCUAUCUACUUUCUUCAAGGGACAAUUCAACAAUGAAACUUCAAUCUCAGUGGAUGAUAUUAAGUGAUUUGGCUGAAAACUCCGUGAGAAAGGCUAUGAUAUAUGAAGACAUGAUACAGGCCAAAGCUGUGAACAAGUCUCCAGUGAAGGUGGAGACUAGAAGGAAUGGUGUUUCAGCAUUUGUGAAAGCCAGAACACAUAGAAAGCUCCAGAGGAAGCUUUUCCCAGAUACAGCUCUUUUCAAAAAGUGGGGCGAUAACUUGACCAAUGCCCAGCAGAUCCAAGCCUUCAUACUCUUCUCCCUGUAUGGUUACAAUGCUUACCUCAGUGACCACCUGCCAUUCAAUCGAUCCAUUCCAGACACUCGUCCUCUCAGGUGUCUUGAAAAGAAGUACCCCCAACAACUUCCAACCCUCAGUGUUGUUAUCUCAUUUAUGGAUGAAGCUCUGUCUAUUUUACAACGGGCCAUUACCAGUAUCAUCCAUAGAACCCCUUCUCACCUGCUGAAAGAGCUCAUCCUUGUGGAUGAUUUUAGCUCAAAUGAGGACCUAAAGGUAAAUCUAGACAAACAGAUCCAGCUUUACAAUCUCAAGUAUCCUGGGCUGCUGAAGCUGAUUCGACACACUGAAAGGAAGGGGGUAGCCUCCACUCGCUUCUCUGGGAGUCAAGCUGCCACGGCAGACAUAGUAAUCUUCUUGGAUGCUCAUAUUGAAGUGAAUAUUGAGUGGGCAGAACCCAUCCUAGCUCGGAUUCGGGAAGACCACACUGUGAUUGUGUCACCCAUAAUUGACAAUAUUCUUUUUGAUACCUUGGAAGUGAAUGAGUCUCCACUGAUGCCUAUGGGAUUUAGCUGGAAAUUGUUUGGCCAUUAUGACUAUAUGUCAGUCAACUCGAAAGAUAACACUAUAGCAAUAAAGAGUCCUGCCAUCAUGGGUAUCUUUGCUGCAAACAGACUGUUCUUGGAGAAGAUUGGAUUCCUAGAUACCGGGAUGCUAUUUUAUGGAGGAGAAAAUGUAGAACUGAGCCUGAGGGCAUGGCAGUGUGGAGGGAAAAUUGAGAUCUUACCAUGUUCUCGGAUUGCUCACCUUCAACGAGCCCACAAACCCUAUUCUCUGAUUAUUUCACCCCUCAUGAAACGCAACGCUCUUCGUGUAGCUGAAAUCUGGAUGGACAACUACAAAUACAUGGUGUAUUUAGCUUGGAAUCUGCCUUUGAAGAAUCAUGGAAUAGAUUUUGGAGAGGUGUCUUCUAGGAUAGAACUCCGCAAGAAACUGAAGUGUAAAAAUUUUGACUGGUACCUCAAGAAUGUUUAUCCAAAUCUUAUGCCACUUCAGAACAUUGUUGGCUAUGGAUCUAUGAAAAAUUCUGUGAAUAAAAUGAUCUGCUUGGACCAGGGAAACAUCCAAGGAAACACACCAGUCAUGUAUAUUUGCAAUGGAUUCAAACAACAGUUUGUAUACUACCACUUGACUGGAGAACUGUAUGUUGGACAGCUACAUGCAGAAAUAUUUUCAAAUGAUCGGUGCUUAACAGAUCCUGGAGAAGGAUGGAAGCCAGAAUUAGUAUCAUGUCAAGAAGCAAUACUGAAAAGGAUGUACAUGUAUUGGGAUUUUAAGCAAGGAGCAUCAAUCACCAACAAGUACACUAAUCGAUGCUUAGAAGUCAGUAAGCGUUCCCCAGUUUCCCAUGUACUUAUCCUCCAGAGAUGCACCGGACAAAAAUGGAGUAUCCAACAUACUGUCAGAAAUUGGGAGAGCUAAAGUUCCCUCAGUAAGAAUGGAGCUGGAAGUAAUAACAUAAGGCCCUGGAUUUAAGGAUAGACACAUGUCCCUGAUGAGGAGACUCUGCUUUCAAAUCUGUUCUGAGCAGGAUGCCAUCUUCCUAUAUGUGAAUAAAAGUAUUGUUGACAAUGUGAUGGAAAAUGAAUGUCAUAGUGGUAAAUGAGUUAUAUGAAUGUUAAAUGAAAGAAAUGCAGCUUGUGAUGGGAUUAGAGGAGGCCAAGAAUGCUUUGUUUUCCUAUGAUCCAAAGAAUGCCUUAGGAUCCAUUCCAGAACUCUCUGUUAAAGAUUCACUGAAAUGCAAAA